AUGCCAAUCAAUCAACCGUCGGGACAGAUUAAGUUGACUAAUGUUUCGUUAGUGAAAUUAAAAAAAGCACGCAAGAGAUUUGAGAUUGCGUGUUACCAAAAUAAAGUUCAGGAUUAUCGUAAAGGAAUCGAAAAAGAUCUAGAUGAAGUGCUCCAGAUACAUCAAGUUUUCAUGAAUGUUUCGAAAGGAUUGGUUGCCAAUAAGGAAGAUCUACAAAAAUGUUUCGGUACUACUAAUAUUGAUAGUGUUAUUGAGGAAAUCAUGCUUAAGGGAGAGAUCCAAUUAUCAGAAAAAGAAAGACAAUUAAUGCUUAAUAAAGUCAAUAAUGAAUUGCUUACAAUAAUUAGCGCCAAAUGUAUAAAUCCUGCGUCGAAAAAAAGAUAUCCACCCACAAUGAUUCAUAAAGCUUUACAAGAACUAAAAUUUAGCCCUGUUAUCAACAAGCCUGCUAAAUUACAAGCGUUAGAAGCUAUUAAAUUAUUGGUCUCUAAGCAAAUUAUUCCGAUUGUGAGAGCUAAAAUGAAGGUCAAAGUGGCUAUAUGUGAGCCCUACAAUCAAUCUGAACUUAUUGAAAAGGUUAGUAGAUUGAUAGCUACAUCACCUACCGAUCUGGCAAACCCAGAUUUGAAUCCAUGGACAUGUGUAGGUCUUAUUGAUCCUGUCAAUUACAGAGACCUAAUGACCCUAUGUGAUAAAAAGGGAACUGUACAAGUCUUGGAUAUGGCAGUCAUAGAUAACACAACGCACAAUUAA